UCUUCCUCCCCUCCGCCGGAAACCGAAUCACUGCGUCGUUCUGCUGGCCUUGAGAAGGAUUUCGCACAAGGAAACCUACUCUGGUGCCCGGCCUCUUCCGCGACCUACUGGACAAGCUUGCGAGCUCCAUCUCGAGUCAGCUACCCACCCUGCAGGACCGCAGUGAUAUCGGCAUAGUCAGCUCCAAAAAUGAGGCUUCUAAUCCCUCUCAUCGCGGCGGGAGCCGUCUCCGCCCGCGUUUUUGACAGCUUGACGGCUGUUCCCAAGGGCUGGAAGGAGAUCCGGACAGCCGGGCCUGAGGAAGCAAUUGCGCUGAAAAUCGGGCUCCGCCAGCAGCGACCAGCGGAAUUGGAACGAGCUGUGCUAGAGAUAUCGACGCCUGGCCAUCCCAACUAUGGCAUGCACAUGUCGCGCGAGGAACUCCGCUCGUACACUGCGCCUUCGGCGAGAUCACUCUCCGGAGUAACUGCCUGGGUUCGCCAGUACGACAUCAGGCACUCGAUAGACAACGACUGGAUCUCCAUAUCCACCAAUGCGAGGACUGCCAACGAGCUUCUCAACACGACAUUCGCCUGGUAUAAAUACGAGGGCGACGACACGCCCAGGCUUCGCACUCUGUCGUAUAGUGUCCCCGACGAGAUCGCCAAGCAUGUUGACCUCGUCCAGCCAACCACCCGGUUUGGCCAGCUUAGCGCACAGAAGUCCACCAUAUUCGAGACGACGGCUCUCAGUGGCCCGGCGACGGUUCAGGCGCAUGUGAAUGCCGACGCCAAUCCUGAUGCGGUUUGCGGGUCUACCAUAACACCAGACUGCUUGAAGUCCCUGUACAAUAUCAAGUACACCGCCAGCGCUGAAGGAAAUCUCGUCGCAUUUGCGUCGUAUCUCGAGCAGUACGCUCGGUACGCGGACCUACAGGCGUUCGAGGAAGCCUAUGCACCGGCCGCCAAGGGCCAGAACUUCACAGUCACGAAAUUCAAUGACGGCCUGGACGAUCAGGACAGCACGGAGGACAGCACCGAGGCGAACCUGGACGUGCAAUACGUCCUUGGCAUCAGCCAUCCGAUCCCCAUCCUCGAAUACAGCACGGGUGGCCGCGGCCCUCUCGUCCCCACAGCGGACCAGCCGACACCGCCGGGGAGCAACGAGCCAUACCUCGAAUUCCUGACGGCCCUUCUCGCACAGGAUGACUCUGAGCUGCCACAGACCCUGUCCACCUCUUAUGGUGAAGAGGAGCAAUCGAUUCCCGAGGAAUACGCGCUCAAGGUCUGCAACAUGUUCAUGCAGCUCGGCGCACGGGGCGUCUCGGUUCUCUUCUCGUCGGGCGACUCGGGGCCGGGCUACUCGUGCCUGAGCAACAGGGACAACUCCGUCUUCUUCAACCCGACCUUCCCGGCGGGAUGCCCGUACGUGACGGCGGUGGGCGGCACGUCGGGGACGGCGCCCGAGAGCGCGGUGGCCUUCUCGAGCGGCGGCUUCAGCAUCUACCACGAGCAGCCGGACUACCAGCGGGAGGCGGUGUCGGGCUACCUCAAGGGCCUCGGCGACACGUACGCGCCAUUCUUCAACGCGACGGGAAGGGGCAUCCCGGACGUGGCGGCGCAGGGACUCGGGUUUGGCGUCAUCGACAAGGGCCGCACGGUGAGGGUAUCGGGCACCAGCGCGUCGAGCCCCGUGUUUGCGGGAAUUGUGGCGCUACUCAACGCAGCGCGCAAGUCGCAGGGCGAGCCGCCGCUCGGCUUCCUCAACCCCUGGCUGUACAACAACUCGGCAGCCCUGACGGACAUCACCACGGGUGCUGGCAUUGGCUGCACCGGGAUCAGGACGUUUGGUUCCACUGGGGCCCAGUGGAACGCCACGGAGGGUUGGGACCCGGUGACGGGGUUGGGGACCCCCAAGUUCGGCGCCCUGCUCGAGGCUGCGGCACCGGGGGUUGAGAACGCCUGAUGGGAGUUUGGUGGAAGAUGGUGUUUCUUUUUCGACAUUGUUAACCUCCCUAUGCCCUUAUGGUUAAGACAGCAGCCGGUGUAAUACGUCCUUUGCAUACCUACCUACCUAAGAAAAGUCCGGAAUCCAAAGUCCGGAAUCAUACGUCAGUAAAA